GUGACGUCACCAGGGCGCUCAGCCAAUGGCGGCGCGGUGCGCUCCCGGUGGGGGUUUCCCCGACCGCGCCCCCGGCGGUGACGUCACGGCGGGCUCAGCCAAUGGCGGCGCGGCCCGCGCGGGGAUUUCCAGGUCCGGCGGCGGCGCGGCCUCGGGGGGCGGCGGCGGGACCGGCACCGGCAGCUCGGGGACCACCGGGACCCGCUCCGGGACCACCGGGACCCGCUCCGGGACCGGGACAUGGCGCUGCCGCUCGGAGCCGCCGUGCAGGAUCCCGGGCUGGCGAUGGCUCACGGAGCACCGGCGACAGAUGAUUUGGGUGAGUGGAACCGGAGGGAUUUGGAAUCUCCGCCGCCUCCCGGGAAUUCCGGGAUCCUGGAGCCGCAAGGAGGAAUCCGGGAAUUCGGGAAUUCGGGAAUUUUUAGGGAAUUUGGAAUUUGGGGGAUUUGGGAAUUUGGGAUUUGGGGAUUCUGGGAGGGGUCGGGUCCCAUCCCGGGGGGAAAUCGGGGGGGGGAGCGCCGGGAUCGAUCCCAAAUUUGGGAUCCGAAUCCCAGAAAUCCCUCCCGGAUUUGGGAUCUGGGUUUAA